CGGCUGAACUUGGUCUGUUUGGUCAGUUUAGUCUCCGGUCAACGAACACUGAUAUUGGUUGACCAAAAGCAAUAUGGCGGCGCGCGUAGCACGCGCAAGCUUUGCGCGGUGUGUUCAGAUUAACGGCCAUAAAUGCAGAACUUCGCGAUCGUUUUCGACAUCACAGCUUUUGCUAGUUCGAGGCACCAACCAGAGGACCGCCCACAACUUGGACCUCGAAACGGAAGCAGCUGCCGACGACGAUUUCUUCGGCGUCGCAAGCGAGCGCGGCAUGGUGACCGUCCCGGGCAGUGAAUCAUUCACUCGCGACCGCCUGGAGAAAUUCGAGCACCUCGCACGCAGCCGAGACGCGAGGGUCUCGGACGUGAAGGUCAUCGACGCCGGUUUCGGCACGAUCCGGUACGAUUCCGAUAACCAACCCAGGUACCACGGGCAGUACGAAGACGACACUCUACUUGACGAUGUGCAUCUGGACAAUUUAGGUUCCGGUAAAAACGCAAACCGAAUUUCCAAGCCGAAACUCGAAGUCAGGGAGUCUGAGGCAAAAACUGAUAGAGAUUAUAAUGCUUCAGAGGUGGUGUCAACAGUGUUUGGAAGCCGUGGAGUCAAAGGAAGUCCAGUUUUGAAACAUGGAUUGAACAGCAAUCCAGGAAAAUAUUCUACCACGUCCGCAUCAGGAGCUGUACGCGACUGUCAAGACGCAGAUAAAACGCAGCCUAAUGAACGCCCACAGUUGCCAAUGGCACAGGUCGAACCGCGACAAAAGAUACAACGGAAAAAGGUCAGCCGAGACGUUAAACAACCCAGCAGUGUGGAGGAACAGCAUACAACGGAGUCAUCUAAAACCGCUUCAAAUGAACACCACCCCAGCGUUUCUGAGCUUCGGUGCGAUGCCGAGGAAACUGGGAAGCGUGGAGUCGACCUUGACUUGCAGAAAGAUGCUCAAGCACUUCAGCGUCGCGGAUUGUAUGAAUUUUCGAAUGUUGGUACUCUUCCACCGCAAAAUAAAACAGUUAAUCAUCCCCCAGGAAUAAGAGCUACUGUGACCAGAGCACACCCUCUUGCUAGGGAAGAAGCCCUUCCUGGUAAAUUGUCGAAGGCUCAACAGGCCCUUAUCGGACGAGACAAUGAAAGUCAGUCCAGGAUAGACACUGAGCUGGGUGAUGCAGAAGCACCAUCUAUUGCUCCACACAGUCUGCAGGAGUUUACCAAACGAGACAGGUCAGAGAAGAUUGUCACCGAACGUCCGGGAAACGGAAGCAGAGCUGGAAGCUUUGUGCCUAAACACCUCGAGGGAGCAGAUGACAAUAAGCCCCCGGACUCUGAAGAACAGCAGACUGCUUACGAUUACCUCCGCCGAGAAUCGCCCCCAUCGAGCGUCAAGCUCGACAGCAAAGGCUUCCGCAUCCUCAAAUCCGAAAUCAGACCAGACUUAAGUCGUCUGCUCCACACCGAGGCGGUGAACCUCUUGCGGAAGCUGGUCCUCUACAACGACAACGACAUCCUGGUAUUGAACAAACCUUACGGCAUGCUUUGCCACGGUCCUUCUCCCGGGGUUUCGGAUGCCUGCGUCCUGACCAAACUCCUCCCAGACCUGUCGUCUGCUCUUUACCCUCGUCAAGACGCCAAGCUGUACACCGUGCAUCGUCUCGACCGCGAUGUCACAGGCGUUCUGCUGCUGGCCCGCACUCAGCGCAUGGCGGACAUGCUGAACUCGCUCUUCCAGAAGCACCAAGUCUCCAAGACGUACUUGGCUAUCACCGCCGGUGUCCCCGAUCACCUCGAGGGCGUCAUCGACAUGCCAUUGGCAGAAGGUGAGGUUGAGGGGGCAAAAAGGAUGGUCCUGAACCCAAAGUUGGAUCCCGAGUUCCAGCGCCUGGUUCCCAAGUUCAGAAAGUCGUUUGCGGCCGUGACGACGUACAGGGUGCUCGCGUCUUGCGGGAGGGCGGGAUACCUCGAGCUCAGGCCGACGACGGGCGUCAAGCACCAACUGAGAGCUCACCUCGGACUUGGUCUGCGUUGUCCUAUUCUUGGCGACCACAAGUACUCGCAUCUGAGGCGUCUGGCGCCUCAGAAGCUGCCGGGGGACAUGUUGGACAGACUGGGCAUCCGGCAGUCCAAGGUCAGGGACGCGCCCCUGCAUCUUCACGCUCGGGCAGUGGUGGUGCCGGAAAUUCUGGAUGGGAGGAACCUCACCGUCGCUGCCGAGGUGCCGUACCAUUUUGCGAAGAACCUGAGACGGCUGAAGUUGAACCGGAACUGAAGCGUGGAAUUCCGGCGGUGUGAUUUUUGCUGCCUGAACUUGUAGUCAACCUUUAACUGUUGAACUGAGUGGUUUACAUUAUAUAUUAAUGAAGCCUAUUAUCAUGGA